GAAAACGCAAUAGCAUUGAAUGCCCCACCAUCUUGUUACUGACAGAUACGUCGUCGUUAUCAGCUUUUCGAGUUCAUCCAUUAUCGAUAGUCCAUGGCAUAUAAUCCCGGCUGCGCUGAUACGCAUCGCUAAAUCAGUCAAUGCAAAAAACAGUACGUGUUCAUGACAUACGAAAGAUUCAUAAGAGCAACAAUAUGAAUUCUAUUUUCAAAGUAUUUGUUCGUAUAUUGUGUUUGUGUAUUUGUUUUUGGUGUAUUUUUCUAUAUCAAAAAGGGAUUAUAAUUCGAUUCAGAACAUCAAGUAUAGCAGGAGAAAUAAUGGAAUACACAAGCGGUAAAUAUAAUUACAACGUAUCAGUAUCAAAAUUUGAUGGCGUAACUGAAACGAGGAUAGUUUUAAAUAAAAUGAUGGAGGAGAACAACAAAACUGUAAUAAGUCCCCAUGAUUAUAAAUAUUUAAUUAACGAGGAGACGAUCUGUGCAAGCAAUCCGUUUAUGUUAGUAUUCAUCCACACGGCUCCAAAAAAUAAUAUUCGCCGAAACAUGAUUCGCAAAACAUGGGGCAGUGUUAGAAGCAUAAAGGACUAUCGUAUUGAGCUGAUAUUCCUACUAGGCGUUGCCCUUAAUCGAUCAACAAAUGAUGAUAUUGUACAAGAGAGCAAGCAAUACCAUGAUAUAAUACAGGAAAAUUUUAUAGAAUCCUACAGAAAUUUGACACUGAAGGGGAUCAUGGGCCUUAAGUGGACCAUAGACUUUUGCCCUCACGCGACAUUUAUUUUGAAAACAGACGACGAUGUUUUUGUGAACAUAUAUCCAUUGUUUGACUAUCUCUUGAAGAUUAAUAAAGACGAAACUGGACGCCAUAAUUUGUUAGGCUUCAUACGGCCACCUCAACCUCCGGCGAGGAAAUCAAAUUUAAAUACGGCGACGAAAGAGGAAUAUGCGAGAGAUAUGUAUCCACCAUUUUGUAAUGGUCUGGCUUUCAUAUACUCCAUGUCUGCUGUCAAAGCAAUAUACAAAGCAUCAUUAUACGAACCGUUCUUUUGGAUAGAUGAUGUUUUUAUAACUGGGGUACUUGCUGAAAAAGCCGGUGUUAAACAUACUCAGCUGAAGCACAAAUACCCUUCAUAUUUAUUAACUUCCAGUGAUGUAACUUUAAAUACAUUGAAAGGUGAUAAAGACAGGUAUCUGUUUGUUUUGAUUCACGAUUUGCAAAGAUUUCCAUCACGUAUGGAUGACUUUUGGAAAAUUUUAAGAUUAAACACAACUGUUGAUGGACAAUAAUACGUAGUCUACCAUGUUAUUAUGGUUGAUAGCAGUACUAGCACUGGAUAACCCUUACAUCCUAGCACAAUGACCACAAAGAGAACAUUGGAUUACUUGAUAGAAUAUAGUUCAUAAUAUAGUAUGAUAAAUAUAUCAUUCUUAAAAACAUAUUUGGGAUAAUGCCUGAACUUGAUUUCUUUUUUCCGGAGAUGCUCUUUAGAGCGGAAGACAAAUACUCGAUCUUUUGUUUGGUGACAGUUUAUUAAAUUAAGAUUUGACCUUCUGAAAACUUGUAGAUGAUUUUGAAAAGUCUAAACUGUAUUUGUUAAUACCAUCCGUCGAUCACAAACCGCCGUCACAAAACGGAGACCAUAAUGGUGGUAACAAUAUGUCACCACCUUUUGGUGGUGACAUAAAAAAAGAAAAAUGUGUCAUUCCAAUAUAUCAUUCAUUAUAUGAGGCGGAUGGAUGGACUUACGGAAACAUAAAGACUAAAAAAUAACAAGCGAUAUUCAACGUGACUUCCGUUAGAUAUCAAAUGAUAUUCACCAGUCACUAUAUUCCAUUGACUAACAUAUUAACAGACCCUCUUUGUAAGGAACGCCUGCCUUCUGGGAACGAGGAAUAGUGUUUUAAGGAAAAUUUUGAAAAUCCAUUCUGAUUCUGUAAACAUUGAGAAGGUGAAUUAUCCAAAGAAUGCAUAUGCAUCAGCCAAUAUAUAAGGGUUAUGUACUGGGAGGUUCGGUCCCUCGGUGAGAUAUAUAGAGAUUAUCCUAUAUGAGGUUCAGGAUAUUGGGAUUAUCCCGAGGCCAAUAUAAUAUAUCUGCCCGAGGGCCGUAGGUCCCGAGGGAAGAUAUGUUAUAUUUGCCAAGGGAUAAUCCAAAUAUCCUGAACCGACUAUAGGAUGAUCUGUUUAUCCCAUUCCAAUCACAUUGUUCAAUUGGCCAAAGUUCAGAAACUUAGCAACAAACCGUGGAAUUAUUUUAAAAAAUUCAUGUCCAGUUUUGUAUUUUUGUCCGUAGCCGGAUUUUCCUGUUCAAAUCUUUGAUUAUUUACGGGGCAUACUGCUCCUUCCCUUCUUUAAAGCAUAUAACAGAUCGCGAUUGUCUGCGUUUUUCUCCAUUGUCGUUUACAGUAUGCGAACGUUACAAAAAAAAGGACCAAUACGG